AUUGUUCUUUGACACUGUUGACAGUUAUAGCAUCUCUUUUGGUAUUGAAUAUCGGGCCUAAGAUGUCAAGAGAAAAUGAGAAUAACAGAAACAAACUAACAGAUUUUAUAAGUGGGUUGUAGUUUGUUAAAUAUAGGAAUUAUGUUUUAAAGAUAAUAUAUUAAUUGUAAGUUUAUGUAACAUAAUUGGUUAAAAUAUUACAAACUGGUUUACAUAUAAAAGUUAUGUACAAAUAAUUGUAAAUUGAAAGAAAUGUAGCAAUUCAAAGCAUGGCACAAUUAUCUGGAAAAUAAAACACGGCCGUAUCAAAAUACGAAGUUAGCUACGCGAAAAUGGAAAAUUUGCAAUCAGACUGGAUUGAUGAAAAUGCCGACUCAAAAUAUGUUGAUCCGGAGUUAUCAUGUGUUCACGACGUUAUUGCAGACGAUCCAAAACCAAAUUACCUAUUCGCAAAUGAAAAUUUUAUCAAUAGUCCUACUUUUUCUACAGACUCUAAUGAAAAUUUAGGUGACGAAUCAAAUUCAAAAACUGAGCAUCCAUUAUUAAAAACGUCAAUUAUAAAUGCAUCUUUAGCAAAAAAAAGAUUACAAGCCUACUCUAAACAAGUAAGAAAAUCGCCUGUCAAAGAAGAAAAAGUUGAUAAUAAAUUUCAGAAAGAAGUUGCAAAAAAAACGAAAAAAGAUCUGUAUCCAGGUGCCAAGGCAAAAGCUGUAAUCCAAGAAAUAGAAGAAAUAAAAAGGAAAGAUCAGGAAUUUGAGAAUCUAAAAAAGAAAGAAUUUGAAGAUCUCUGCAGGCGUCUAGCAGUCACAGAUGCAAUCAGGUGUCAACUUUCAGAUUCGCCAGAUCGAAACAAACAAUUUAAACGGAGAGGAAUAAAACAGAGAAAUUACAGACGUACAGAUUCUUUCAGUCGUAAAUCUCCUACUCCGGAGGAUGUUAAAAAUAAAGAUAGAUAUUCACCUGUGCAUAAACAUCCAAAGGAUUGGACGGAAUUUAAAAAACAAAACUUAUCAAUUCCAAAAGAUGGUAGCAGAGGUAGACCCUUUGCUCGAAAAGGUUUUUCUGUGAAUUUAUUAGAAAAAUUAUAUAAUUUGGAUGUACCCUCACCUCCAAUUGUUCCAUGUAGAAUUGAAAUGGAAAAUGGAAUAAAGGAGGUACCACUUCAUUCUAUUAAGGUAACAAAUAGUCGACCACAUAUUAUAUACAGUGUUAAUACUGAAAAAAUUAAAGACAGUUUCCCCACACGGCAUCAGUUGUAUGGUUUUAUUACAAAAGAGCGUCAACAGUGUAUUAGAGACGUCAUCAAUAAACGUGUUAAAGUGAUACCAGAAACCAAGAAACCUACGUCCCGACCUUGGUAUAAUAAACAAUGGAGGAAAUCUUUUACGGAAUGUAAAGUAUUAGAAAAAUCCGUUGGGUUAUCGUUUCUUCAAAACUAUUCAGAUGAAGAGGACGAUAUUGAAACUGAAGAAAUCGUAAUAUGUAGCACUACUAAAAAAAAUGUUGAAACUCCUGUACUGAGUAACUUAGAGUAUGAACCUAUUAGCACUUUUGCAAGAGGAUUUUCUGAUGAGUUUUUAAUCAAAGAAGCCAAAUAUGAAAAACAAGGUUCGAUUUCAAAGACAUUUAGUGACUCUAAAAGUGAUACAUCAGUAUUUACACCGGAAAGAAAUAGAUUAGAAUCAGUUGCAGUAGUAAAUGAAUCUGUUUUAGAAGACGAAACUGGUAUUCUGACACCAGAUAUAUCUGCCCUUCCGUUACUACAAAUUCAAAAAAGUAUCCAAAAAUCAGAAGAACGGAAAAACGAAAAUGAACAAAUGAACAAAGAAAAUAAAUUAGAUCUAAAAUAUAAGAAGAAGAAAAAACGAAAACUUGAAAAUGAACAAUCCGAAGACGAUACUCCUAAAAAGAAGAAGAAGAGAAAAUCUAGAAGUAGAAGAUCGAGUAGUUCAGAAGAUAGCAAUUCGUAUAACGGAAAUAAAAAAAAGAAAAAACAGAAAAAAACUAAAACUAGAGCAAAUAGAAGUACAAAGAGAAAAGCGAAAACAGAUACAACUGAAAUUAAGUUGAAAAAGAAAGACAAACGAAUAAAUAAGAAGAGUAAACAACUUAUUCGUACAUUAAAUCAAUCUCCUAUGGAAGAUGUUGAGAAAAAGCCUAAAAAGAAAAUAAAAAAACAGGAAGAAGCAAAUAAUAAAAAGUCCAACAAAAAGGAAGCUACUCCAGAAAAAACUCCAAAACAAAAAAGAGUUUUAGUAGAAGAUUCUGAUAGUGAAUCAGAACACAGUAAAGGGGAAAAAAUUAGUGAAGAUCAAAUACAAAAAACGGAACAAAUCAAACAAAAGAGAAUUAAGAAGGAGAAUACGGUAGAUGAAAAACAUGAACCAUUGAUUGAUAUAGUGAUAAAAAAAGAACCUGAAGAUGAAACUUUCUUUAAAUCAGCGACUAAUAAUGUCGCGAAAACACCUGAUACUAACAACUAUUGUAGAAACUGGGAAAAAGACGAUCAACUUUGGGAAAUCGAAGAUGAAAAUAUACCAAAAGAAAAAUACAAACUAAAUUCUUCUUGUUGGGAAAGUGAUGAAGAAUUGUAUGAAAAGAGAUUGCCAGAAAGGAGACCCAUUGAAAAAUUCAUAGAAACUAACGAAAUUCGAGAUCUGGAAAUACCUCUUAACAUAAAACCUUUUAAAAAGAGGGAAAUUCAAGUAGUGAAACUAGAUAACAUAUUUAUAGAAGAGGCGAAACGAGAAGAUCCAAUUGAGGAAAAAAAUGAAGUUAACGUUACUAAAGAGUUAGAAAAGAGGUGUAGGUGGGAUAAGAAGGACAUUGAACCCAAGACUGAACAAACAACAUACACCAUUUUAGAAAACGAAUACGAAGAAUUUAUGAAAGCCGUAAAUUCUAAUACAAACACAAGCCCCACAUUCGAAAACCGCAACACCAUCGGUAGUGAUCCAAAUAAUCAUAUUGAUAAUGUGACAAAAGAAGAAUCGAAAAUAAUCAUCGCACCUAAUGAUAUUCCAUUUAUUCCAAUGCCCGACGAAUUGAAACUACAGCCGGUACCUUCUCCUCGUAUUGUAAAUACUCAAAUAUCUCAAAUGAAGAUUAAUCUAUCUCCUAAAAUCGCCGCUUCUUCGACUUCAGACACAGAUGGUAAAACUGAUAUUGUUACCACUCCGCAUUUAACCGACCAAACAAAAUCGUUCAGUUUUACAACGUUAAUGUUACCGUCAAAAAAAGUAUUAAUAGAUAAUUCUAAUUUAAAAUUGGGCGAUUCGGACGAUGAGGAACCUUUAAAACCCAUAGAAGUUAAAAAAGAACUAACCGAACCAAAACAAACUCAAUCGGUAAUCGAAUCACCAAAAGAAAAGAGUAUGAAAAACCAAAAUACCAUUAAAAAUGAUGAAUUUGAUGAGUCUAAAGUUAAGCUUUAUAGUAUCAGUCAAAGCGAUCAUAAAUUGAUUGAUAAAUCUCCUAGUAGAGACAGUUCACGUAGAAGAGGAUCACAAUCAUUUAAAUACAGAAGGGAAAGUCCACGAAGGAAAACGUAUUCGCCGCCGAGAGAAUAUUCUCCAAGAAGAAGACGAAAAUCUCCGGAGCGUUAUAGAAGUAGAUCGCCAACGAGUAGAAAAUACCAUCCAAGAAGACAUUAUUCCCCUCACAGGAGAAGAACGCCCUCUCCCCGAAGAAGGUCGCCUAGAAGAAGCGUCUCUCCGAGGAAUCGAACCAAUAAAAGAAUUUUGAGCAGGACGGACAAUAAAAAAGAAAAAGUAAUAAAUGAAUUUAAAAACGUAUUAUCUUCUCCAUUAGAAGGAACUAAAAGAAGUGUAGCAGAUUCGACAAUAUCAGAUGAUUCCUUACUUCCGCAGCCAAAUUUAGAAGAAUAUGCACAGUCUCCGGUGUCAUAUUACAUGGGACAGAUGAAGUCAGAUGAUGGGAAAAGAUUAUCACUCGAUGAAAGAAUCAAUAUAGAACUUGGACUUAACAAGGAUGAUUUCAAACCUAUCACCACAACAUACGACAAUUUUUGCCAAAACCGUUUCUCAGAUAACUCUCAAAUUGAGAAUUAUACUAUGGAUAAGAAUAAUUUCAAUGAAAAUAUAUCUACUAAUUUCGUACAACUCGGUAAUAUGGUUGAAAUUGUUCCUACAGACUUAAAUCUCAAGACUGAAACGCAUAUGGAAGAUAUUCAAUCAAAAAAUAAACCUCGGAUUUUGCAGGUAGGCAACGUUCUUCAAAUAGUUCCGACCGAAUUGCCGCCAGCUCCUCCGCCAUUACCGUCUACAUUACCUAUUGCAGUUCCGCCGCCAGAUGAAAUCGUUACGAAUUCAUUAGUAACACCCGAAAAGCAAUCAGUUGAAAUUAGUAUGAAACAAAAGAUCGAGGAACGAAAGGCCGAAAGAGAAAAGAGGAAACUCGAAAGAGAAACUAAACGAAAGGAGAAAGAAAAUAGGAGAAGGGAGAAAGAAAAACGUAGACAAAUUAAGAUGAAGGAAAAAACGGAAAAUAUGAUAAAAAAAGCUUUACAACUUGAAGUAGAAAAUCAAGAUGAGGAAGGGGAUGUUAAUAUACCAGCACAAUGGCCCCCCAUACAUAUUUCUAAUUCUUCUAAAGAUCUUAUUUGCAAAAGAAGUAUACUUCUCAAAUAUGGACGGUUGUCAAAAAGUAGAAAGAAAGUGCAAUUUGCUGAUGGUAUCAGACCUGGUGAAGGCACAUCACCAUCUGCUGGAGAAGAUUUAACUUCCCCACCUCCUCCUUCUAAAGUGCUACCAAAGGAAAAGCGUUAUACCAAAACGAAACUAGGAACUAAACAUGUGAAGAAAAAAGUGAAGGUUAAAAUAAUCAAAUCUAACGAAGCACUUUUGGACGAAUCAGAAGAGGAUGACAAUUUACCUCCACCAUCACCGCCUCCAGGCUCACCUCCGCCACACAUAUUUCCCCCUCGAAUCAAGCCACAAAUUGUUACUAAUCACGGAUAUGUUCCAAGUGUGGUUAAUCAAAGCCAAUCAGUGUAUCGGCCACCUGUAAAUAUGCUAAUGAUGCAACCUCCUUUGCCCGAUUCACCAAUGCAAAUUCAUUCGUAUCAGCAAUAUCAGGUACCACCUUUGGCACCUUCUACAACUUUGACACCAGGAGUGACAGAAUCUGCAGCUGUAACAGUGCAUCGUAAUCAUUUCAAUUAUUCCUUGUAGAAUAGUGUAUAAUUGUGUAAAAUAAUAAUUGGUAUUUUCUUUUUUUUUUUGUUUCAUAUUUGUAAAUAAAUUGAAUGUGGAUUUACACACUAAUUCAUCUGUAAGUAAUAAUUAUCUUUGUAUAAAAAAAUCGAUUAUAUAAAGUUUAAUUAAACAUCAAAUGAGUGUAACGUUGCUGGUUAUU